AUGUCCUUCUUCGCCGAGACGAUAGUCACCUGGAUGUCGAAAGCGUCGUCAAACUUGCCGCCUAUGGUGGUGUGGUGGACUUGCAGACCAGCUAUGCAGAAGAAAAUCAUACUGCCAUUACACCGUGUCUCUCGAAACCAGACGAUGCCUCUGCCACCGAAAUCGUUCGCGAUAAUCAAGCGAGAGGAAUCCAUGGACAAGUGGCUAAGCGCCGCCUCCGAAGAGGUGGUCGGCUCCGGUUUUGCCUUGAGCAGUGGCCGCUCAUCAGAUGAAUCCACCGCAAUCACGAAGAUCGCGUCCAACGAUGCAGCACCGGUGAUCUUUGGUUCCAGAGAAGCUGAACAGAAUAUCAUCUCAACGAACUAUGUCCUUCACAAGGAAGCUAGCAGUGUUUUGGAGGAGUCGACGUUGAAGGAGGCGAGAUACGGCGGUGGAACAUACCUCUCCUGCCAGGCAGCCAGCGAAAUUUCGCCUGACACGGUCAGCGUUGGCCUCAGAAAUGAGGACAAAUCCGAGGAGAAGGCCAUAUCGCUCAAGAUUGCUCGUGAAGAAUCUUCGUCUUUGGCCACGAAAGCCUCAUCAGAAGAAUCGAUCACAGCUAACAAAGAUGUGCUCUGCGCUCGAGUUGCUGUUGAGGAAGUGCACGAAACCAGAAGCGAAGCGCGCACCGUCGAACCAACCGCGCUGGCCUCGAAAUGUAGCGAGGAAACAAUAUUCCAUCUUAACUACAGUUACCAAAAACAACCAACAGAAUUCGCGGCCACAUUUGUCGGAUCAGAGUCACGCGAUGAAGGCGAAGUUCGCGUCGAAACACAGGCGUCUGGUGAUGAGCGUGUCGAGACCGAGGAGCUGUCCGUUAGUAGGCGUAUGGUCGAGGUGGAAGUGGAAGGAGUUGUAAUGCGUGGUGUUCGUGAAGCAUCACCCCUAUUACUUCAUACAGAAUCCGCAUCCGAAUCCGUGGUACGAGUCGAGCAGAGCUUGGAGCGACAACAUCAUCUACGUGUGGAUGGUAUGGAAGUGUCGCAUGAACGCAGUGAAUCCGAGGAACGCAAGAAGGAAGAAAAGAGUUUUAAAUUCCUCUUAGAUUUCCGUCUCCAGCUCUGGAGCACGGAACUGUAUGUACCGAUUCAGGCUCAGGGUGAGCUUCGCCUCAGAAGUCACCGAGAAGACAAUGGAGAUGAUCGAUCACAGUCUCGACAUGAACAUGACGAUGACUGUGGACCAGCACUUUCGCAAAAACCAUUCGAUCAUCAGAAGCGAUGA